ACACUCAACCUGGGUAGAAAUUAACACAUAUCCUUAACGAGCAGCCUGUACGUCGAGUAGGCCUGCACACAGAAAACGAAUACGAAGCAAAACGGAUUAUAAUAAUGAAGUGACGAGAAUUGGACACAUGAGAGGAGAGGCGCGUGAGGGCACUGGACGGGGUGAAUACGCCAACACUGCAUCGUUAGUCAGUCGACUCACCCUCCAGCGCUCGCACACAGCCACCUUCACUCAUUUCGUCGAGGGUAAAGGCCACAGGGAGGUAAAAACUAUGAUCUUGCGACCCCUCCGCGAAAAAUUGAAUCCCAAGACACCAAAAUAGCUCAAUGAGCAAACCGACAACUGACUCGUGAAUUCGCGAACCGUGAUUCGAAAAAAAGGGGAAAAAAAUAAAAAUUCAAUAUGAGAGUUAAGGUGUCCGAUACCAAAAUCCUGAUCCUGCUCUUCCAGCUGCUCGUCGCCGUGGUGUUGUUGCUAACGAUGCUCAGCAUCCUCUACCGGAAGGAAAAGGAAAAUACGAAGCAAACUCUCUUCCAGAAGUACGGAAUCGAACACAUCUUCAAGGACGAGAGAGAUCCCUACGACGUAUACGGACAAUCCGCCAUAAACCAACACUAUAUGCAUCUAAGGGCUCCUCUGCCAUACAUGCAGCAGCAACCAGGAGCUGGAGGACAGAUUAUGCAACAGAUGCAGUACAUGCAGCAGCAACAACAAGGUCCUCCUGCUCCAAAUGUCCAACAGCAGCCUGAAGUUGCAAAGGAAUCUGCAGCAGGGAACGACGCCAUGGUCCAGAAAUCUCCAGAGUUCGAAAUCGUGCCGUCUGCCAAGAACGUGACGCCCCACGACGCCAGGCUGCUCGUGUACAACCGCGUUCCGAAGUGCGGCUCGACUACCGUGCUGGAUAUUCUCAACUUGACGGCGAGGAUGAACCAGUACUGGUACAGGCACUCUCUGCUGUACAACGAGAUGAACCUGACGAGUGGUCAACAGAGGAUGGUCUUGACUCACUUGGGUGUUCAGAACUGGGAGAUUCCGAUAAGCUACGACCGACACAUGUACUAUGUAGAUUUCGCCAAGGAAGGCAACUCUCGCGUCGCGUGGAUGAACAUCAUUCGCGAUCCCGUCGAGAGAAUCAUCAGCGAAUUCUACUUCAUACGCGUCAAGUCUCGCUGGGAUACGAUCGAGUCGCUCAAGAAAAUCAGCCACAGGAAGCCGCCAGACUCAUGGUUUGAGAUGACCCUUGACGAAUGCGUUCCUGCCAAGCAUCCCGAGUGCUAUCCCAAGCUCGGGCAGUACAUGAGAAUGCAGCUCACCUUCCUGUGCGGCACUGAUCCCGUGUGCAGCCAAGUGGGGAAUCGCAAGGCCCUCCAGUUAGCCAAGAUGCACGUGGAGCGCCAGUACAGUGUGGUCGGGACCCUUGAAGAGUUCCCUUUGACCCUACGUGUCCUCGAGGCCUACCUUCCGAGAUUCUUCCGUGGGGUCACCUCCCUCGAGCACAGCAGCGGAAACGUCAAGAAGAACGUGGGCGAGUACAAGCCCAGCGUGUCCGAGGAAACCAAAACGAUCCUGAGAGCUCUGCUGAAGGAGGACGUCGAGCUCUACGAGUUCGUUCGACAGCGGCUCUUCCUCCAGGCCGAAGCCAUAGCCAAGACCGAGCGCUGAGACAAACAGACGCUCCCUGAACUAAGAACGAAAAGUUCAUGUAUUUUAAAAUGGUGUGUCAUGAGGGUGACGCAUGCUUCCAGGCCGUUCUUGGUACAUGAAAAAAAAGAUGGUCUUCCGAAAUCGUACUGAAGGAGUACGUCUGAAAGUGUAAAUAUGUAACUAAGUGUUUUAUCAUCAUUUUAGAUCUAAAUGUUGCUGAUCAAAUUAAAGACACUCAAAUAUU